UGAAUGGGACAUAGUAACAAUGUGACAGAUUUUGUCCUCCUGGGCCUCACUCAGGAUCCUGGGGGCCAAAAAGCAUUAUUUGUCAUAUUUUUACUCACUUACAUUGUGACAAUGGUGGGCAACCUGCUCAUUGUGGUGACUGUUCUAGCCAGCCCCUCUCUGGGCUCCCCCAUGUACUUCUUCCUUAUCUUUCUGUCACUCAUGGAUGCAGCAUAUUCCACUGUCAUUUCACCCAAAUUGAUCAUAGACCUACUCUGUGGUCAAAAGACAAUUUCCUUCUCAGCUUGCAUGGGACAGCUCUUCCUGGAACAUCUUUUUGGUGGUGCUGAGGUCUUCCUUCUGGUGGCCAUGGCCUAUGAUCGCUAUAUGGCCAUCUGUAAGCCACUGCACUACAUAACCAUCAUGAAUAGACAGGUUUGCAUCCUGUUGUUGUUGGGGGCCUGGGCUGGAGGAUUUGUUCACUCUGUGGUCCAACUUCUCUUUGUGUACAACCUCCCUUUUUGUGGCCCUAAUGUCAUUGACCACUUUGUCUGCGACAUGUACCCACUAUUAGAACUUGCCUGCACUGACACCUACUUCUUAGGCCUCACUGUGGUCGCCAAUAGUGGAGUAAUCUGUACAGUCAUCUUUGUUUGUCUACUAACAUCCUAUGGAGUCAUCCUAAGUUCCCUUAAAAGUCACAGUCAGGAAGGGAGGCGCAAAGCCCUGUCUACCUGUGGUUCCCACAUCACGGUGGUUGUUCUCUUUUUUGUUCCCUGCAUUUUUAUGUAUAUUAGACCUGUUUCUAACUUUCCUGUUGAUAAAUUCUUAACUGUGGCUUAUACUGUUAUCACUCCCAUGUUGAAUCCUCUAAUAUACACUUUGAGAAAUUCAGAAAUGACAAAUGCUAUGAAAAAACUCUGGUGUAAGAAAUUAGCUGUUUACAGAAUGAGAAUGUGUCAUUCAUAUUGA